AUGGCACCAGGAAUCGUUAUUAACUCAGAGCAUACCAUCGUGGUACGGGGCUCCGGCCCACAGCGAGGAGGUGGCCAGCGCAGGGGACAGCGCGGCGGUGGGCGUGGGCGUGGGCGCGGGCGUGGGCGCGGGGGCGUUCAGAGGAGGGAGAGUGGAAGGGCCCUGGGGGGAGAGGAGGAGGAGACGCGGCGAGAGGCCGUGAGGCAACACCUCCGGGACCUCUCGCAGGGGGAGCAAGCGUUGGAGCUGAUCCGUCUCCGGCAGGGGGUGGACAACGACAGAAGGCAACUCCUCUGGAAAGAGGAGAGGAUUUCGAUCCUAGAGCAAGCCAUGAUGGCGGACUUGGCCCCUAGGGAAUCACGUUCGCUGGAGCUUCGCGGUGACCGUGCCUCUGAGCUCGCCGCUCCUUCCCCAGCAGCUGCUGAUCCUCCUGCCUUAGAGGAAGAGGAGGAGGAACUCUGA